UAAAUGAUAACUCUGUCAUCAUAAGUUUCGAUAUUUUGUAUAUAUAAAUUGUACGUUAAAACAUGAAUAUUAAAUGGCAGACGUUUCCAAAGUUGUUUGUCGUGCUGCCAAUUUUGCACUAUGCACUUUCAAUGUUUAUGCACGCUGAAUCCGAAGAGAAUAAGCGGAAGAAGGAGCUGGCUGAAAAGGCUAACUCCAAGGCGCCAAUUGUAAUCAAAUUAUAAGCUCAAAGAUUGCUGCGUGGGACACCCUGUAUAAAUAAAAUUCCAAAAAGCUAUCGACGACGACGACAGCAACAACAACAACUGAGCCUAUCGAAACGGAAGCAGCAGUCAAGGUGCAAAGCAAAAUCAUUACACCUGUUCGUCCGUCGAGCGAGUGAGUGUAGAAAGCGUAGAAAUCGAACACAGGACGGGGAUGAGGACGAGCAUGACCAUGAGGAUGAGGAUGAGGAUGGGAAUGGGGCAGCCGAACGAACCGCUAACAAAAUUUAACGCUCGCCGUAUUUUUGGUUCAUUUCGAAUGCAUUUCGAUAUGCUAAAGGGUUGAGCAGCGCGUGCAUCGAGCUGAUAUUCACUCCCUAGUCGAAAGUUCAAUUUUUGGGCAUUGGUCACGCUGCAAUUGCCACGCGGCUCUGCUGCUGCUGCUGCAGUUGCAUGUUGCAUGUUGCAGACGACACAAAAACGAAUACGAAUGCAUUCAAUUCGCUAUUAAAAUUAAUAAAAAUAAAUACGCUUCGCUCGGCUGCGCUGCCGUUAAUGAGCAA